GUCACAUUCUCUGUAAGACCCUUUAUUUGUGUCAAUAAUAGGUAGGGCUAAAAAAAUAUUUAAUUUCAUUAAAUAUUUUUUCCACCUUCCUGCUCCACUUGUUAGUUGUCACAGCUUACAGGUACAAAAAAACCAACCACCCGAAACAAAGCCCAUGGAGAUGGAGCUUUUGCAUUUUCUUUCUUUCUUGAUUUCUCCACUGCCAUAGCUAAUUUCUAUAUACUUGUGCUGAGUUUCGCAAAUCUUACUUGCUUCUCUUUCCAACUUGUGUUUCUCUCUCUAUGGACUGCUCAAGAUUCGGUAAGGUUGUGGUCUGUUAGAGUUGACGAGAUCGAUUUUUAUGAUAGAGAUAUAGCUGUGGUAGUACUUGCUCAGCAUAUUCUUGUAACCUAUAUUGAGCAAAGUGUGUAUUCUUUAUGUCAUGGCCUCGAAAAGUGGCUCUAGAGCUCCGGUGAGUUUGCAACAAAGAGUUGUUAGUACUCAGCAUGCGACAAAGGCAAAUGAUCUCAUAUCUACUAACAAGCCCAAGCUGAUUAAUCCUGAGCAAUUCGGCGAACCUGAUAACGCGUGUCUUCUGUUGUCUAAAGAAGAUGCUGAGUCCAACAAAUCUCCAAUUAGUAAAAAAAAUUCUUUAAACGUUUCUGAUACGUCAGAGACCAAUAUUUCUUUCUCUGGGUCUGAAAGGGCAUCUAAAACUCAAGAUCUUGAGUUAACCGACAUUAGAAGCUCACUGGAAACAUCCAUUGAUCAGGGAAAGAAAUCAUCUGGUCUAGGGAGUGUAAAGGUUAGUGAUGGAACCAAUAGCCUUGAGAAAACCAGUGGAAGCACUAAAGUGAGCGAGCGUGGUGAGUUCGUUGAGAGUGGAAAGAGCAGCAUGUGUCGGGGAAGUACCAGCAGUGAUGUCAGUGAUGAGAGUACCUGCAGCAGCUUUAGUAGCAGCAUUAAUAAGCCGCACAAAGCAAAUGAUGUUCGAUGGGAAGCCAUCCAAGCUGUCCGCUGCAGGGAUGGCGCAUUGGGUUUAAGCCAUUUCAGGCUCCUAAAACGGUUAGGUUGUGGAGAUAUUGGGAGUGUUUAUCUGGCUGAGUUGAGUGGGACUAAAUGUUACUUUGCGAUGAAAGUAAUGGACAAGGCAUCUCUAGCAAGUCGCAAGAAGCUUGUUCGUGCUCAGACAGAAAGAGAGAUAUUGCAGUCGCUGGACCAUCCAUUCCUUCCUACUCUCUACACCCAUUUCGAUACUGAUAAGUUUUCAUGUCUGCUGAUGGAAGUCUGCCCUGGUGGAGACUUACAUACUCUUCGUCAAAGGCAACCAGGAAAGCACUUUUCUGAGCAAGCGGCCAAAUUUUAUGUUGCUGAAGUGCUGCUAGCUCUUGAGUAUUUGCACAUGCUUGGUAUUGUUUAUCGUGACCUUAAGCCUGAAAACGUCCUUGUUAGGGAGGACGGACAUAUAAUGCUCUCAGACUUUGAUCUUUCUCUCCGUUGUGCUGUUAGCCCAACUUUGGUAAAGACCUCGUCCUUAACUUCCGAUCCUCAGAAUAAAAAUUCCGCGUACUGUGCCCAGCCGGCAUGCAUUGAACCGGCUUGCAUUCAGCCAUCAUGUGUUGUUCCAACAAUGUGCUUUUCUCCACGCCUCUUUUCAAGCAAAUCCAAGAAGGAAAGGAAGCCCAAAAAUGAUGUUGGAAAUCAGGUUAGCCCACUGCCAGAGCUGAUUGCUGAGCCAACGAAUGCUCGUUCAAUGUCUUUUGUUGGAACACAUGAGUAUUUGGCACCGGAGAUCAUCAAAGGGGAAGGUCAUGGAAGUCCAGUGGAUUGGUGGACUUUCGGAAUCUUUCUAUACGAGCUCUUGUUUGCUAAGACUCCAUUUAAAGGGUCCGGGAAUCGAGCCACAUUGUUCAAUGUUGUCGGACAGCCCCUCCGGUUUCCAGAAUCCCCCGUUGUCAGUUUCCCUGCUAGGGACUUGAUCAGGGGCUUGCUUGUGAAAGAGCCUCAGCAUAGAUUAGGCUACAAAAGAGGUGCAACCGAGAUAAAGCAACACCCUUUCUUCGAAGGAGUUAAUUGGGCUUUAAUACGUUGUGCCAGCCCUCCGGACAUCCCAAAACCUGUUGAUUACGAGCACAUGCCUCUUCCAGCAAAUGAUAAGACUGCUACCACUGUUGCUGUUACGGAUCAGAAGAGUGACAAAUAUUUGGAGUUCGAUUUCUUCUAGUUAGAUACAAGUUUACCUUAAAUUAUGAAGGUGAAUUAUCUAGACCAUCAAUGGAAAAUGGUUGUGGAUCUCUUUUAGAGAGGUAACUUGAUGAAGAUCAGUACAAAUGUCGCUCCCUCCCAUGCUAUCGACUCAUAAACGCCCUUGAUUCAUGGUGGCCCUUAAAUGGUAUGUGAAGAAGUUUUUCUUUUUCUUUUUUCCCCUUCUUAUAUUUCCUUUAUUUUUGAGACUGUGGCAAAGUGUAUCUCCAUUUAGUUAACUACAUUGUUUGAAGCUGUAAAAAUUGUAUGGUUCCUAUUAGUUUGAGAAGCUCAGAACUGGAUGCCGCUUGGCCACAGGAUUGAAUGUCAAUGAAUGUAUAUUUUUCUUGUCA